GUUUUUGUUUCAUUUUGUUUCCAAAAGAGAGCCUAUCAAGACAAAAGAAUGAAAGCGUUUGUGAGAGGUUUGUUAGCAAGAGCUCAUGAGGUCCCUAAGAUUCAGAGGAAAGUAUCAGCCGGUUUUGGUUGCGUUACUUCACCUCCGCCUCCGGAAAAAGGAUUGGAGAAUCUGACGGUGGCGGAUGUGCUCUCCACAAAGGAGACUGAUGUUGCUACGUGGAUCUCAUGCCGAACAAACGACACUGUUUUUGACGCAGUUAAGAAUAUGGCAAACCAUAAUAUUGGAUCGUUGGUUGUCUUGAAACCUGGAGACCAGCACUAUAUUGCAGGAAUAGUGACAGAGAGAGACUAUAUGAAAAAGAUUAUUUGGGCCGGAAGAUCAUCAAAACUUACAAAAGUUGGAGAAGUUAUGACUGAUGAGAGCAAAUUGGUCACUGUUUCGUCUGGAACAAACAUAAUCAAAGCAAUGCAGCUUAUGUCAGACCAUCAUAUAAGGCACGUACCGGUGAUUGAUGGAAAGAUAGUAGGACUAAUCUCUAUGGUUGAUGUGGUUAGAGCCAUCGUGGACCAUCAAAACGGAGAGCUCAAACGAUUGAAUCAAUUCAUCAAAGGAGACUACUACUAGUUUAGAUCAAAUCCACAGAUGAAAAAAGAAAAAGCCUAGCUUACAUAAUACUAUCAAUAACUAUGUUUAUACUAUUAAUAAUGGACCUAUAUGAUAUCAUAUAUUUAGAUCCCCAUUCAAAGAGAUUAUGAGCAUAAAGUCCAAAAUAUCUAAAAGAAGUUGUUUAUACUUAAAAAAAAAAUGUUGUUUAUACUU